CACAGUCUCCCACCACCAUGUUCCGCUACAACUCCCCCCUCGUGCAGGUUAGCCUCAUCGGCCUCAUCUGCUUCUGCUGCCCCGGCAUGUUCAACGCCCUCACUGGUAUGGGUGGUGGCGGUCAGGUGGACCCCACCGCCGCCAACAACGCCAACACAGCUCUCUACACGACCUUCGCCGUCUUCGGCAUCCUCGGCGGUGGUAUCUACAACGUCCUCGGUCCCCGCCUCACCCUCUUCGCCGGCUGCUCCACUUACGUCCUCUACGCAGGCUCCUUCCUCUACUACAACCACUACCACCACCAGGCCUUCGCUAUCAUUGCCGGCGCUAUUCUUGGCAUUGGCGCCGCCCUCCUAUGGGCCGGCCAAGGUGCCAUCAUGACAUCCUACCCGCCGCCUUCCCGCAAAGGCACUUACAUUUCCCUUUUCUGGAGCAUCUUCAACCUCGGCAGCGUCAUCGGUGGCUUCAUACUAUUCAUCCUCAAUUACAACCGAACCGAGGCCGUCUCUGUCAAUGACGCUACCUACAUCGCCUUAAUGUGCUUCAUGUCGGCCGGCACCCUCCUAACACUCUCUAUCCUCCCACCAUCCAGUGUCGUUCGCAAUGACGGCUCCCGACCCACCAACGUCAAGUACUCUAGUACCUACACUGAGGCCAUCGAGAUCUUGAAGCUGUUCUUCAACUGGAAGAUGAUCCUAAUCAUCCCCUCUGCGUGGGCCAGCAACUUCUUCCACACCUAUCAGUUCAAUAAUGUGAACAAAUUGAUGUUCAAUCUACGGACGAGGGGAUUGAACAAUGUGUGCUAUUGGGUUGCCGAGAUGCUGGGAUCUAUCGUAAUUGGGUAUGUUCUUGAUUUCAGUUUCAAGAGUAGGCGGAUGAGGGGGUUCGUCGGCAGUGGGAUUGUGGCCUUGGUUGGGACUGCGAUUUGGGGUGGUGGGUUUGUGAACCAGUUGAAUUAUUCGUAUGCCGAUUUGCCAGAACAGUUGGAUUUUAAGAACUCCGGCAAUGAUUAUGCAGGCCCGUUUGUGUUGUAUUUCAGCUAUGGGUUGCUGGACGCCAUGUUUCAGAGCACGGUUUUUUGGGUGAUGGGAGCUUUGGCUGAUGAUUCCAUGACCCUUAGCAGGUAUAGUGGAUUCUACAGGGGGUGGCAGAGUGCAGGGGCAGCUGUGGCCUGGCAACUAGAUGCGCGCAAAACCUCAUUGCUAAGGCAGGUGGUUGUGAACUGGUCCCAAAUGACAGUUGCUUAUCCUUUGCUGAUCUUGUUGAUCCUCUUGGCGGUGAAGGACGAAGAUGGCAAGGUUGAUGUGGAGGCAGCCGUUACUACCUUGAAACCAUCCUCCCCUCCUGAAAGGGAGGAAGGUUUCGGAAAGGUGGAAGAGUCAAUGAAGCCUCUCUAAAGAAUUUGCAUCUCCUACUUUCUCUGUGUUCUUUGGAUUUUUCAACAGGAAUAAUGUUCUUGGGUGUUUGCAGGAAUGUGGGAGCUUGGAGAAUUGUAAUGUUUUGUGGGAUACAGUGUGUUUUUAGGCUAACUCAUGUCUUUGUUGGUUGCAAUAAUCUGCUUCUUUGUUCUUUGA